UGCUAUCCCAUUUAGUGAUUAUGAUUGGUGAAACUAAUGAUAUUACACCUGUGCUAUCCCAUUUAGUGAUUAUGGUUGGUGAAACUAAUGAUAUUAUAUCUGUGCUAUCCCAUUUAGUGAUUAUAGUUGGUGAAGCUAAUGAUAUUAUGCCUGUGCUAUCCCAUUUAGUGAUUAUGGUUGGGUCCGGAGGUGUGGGCAAAUCCGCGCUGACGCUGCAGUUCAUGUACGCAGAGUUCGUCGAGGAUUACGAGCCCACUAAAGCAGACAGUUACCGUAAAAAGGUAAUCCUUGAUGGGUCUGAAGUAUCAAUCGAUAUUCUCGAUACGGCGGGACAAGAGGACUACGCAGCCAUCCGAGACAACUACUAUCGGUCAGGCGAAGGUUUCUUCUGUGUGUUCUCCAUCUGUGAAGCUCAGUCGUUUAAGGAGACGGAAUCGUUCAGGGAUCAAAUUCUGCGUGUGCACGACGAUGAGAGUAUCCCGUUUAUCCUGGUGGGGAACAAGGCUGAUUUGGAAGAUCAAAGAGAGACCUCAAAAGACGAUGCUCUAGCGAAGGCUCGCGAGUGGAAUGUACCGUACCUCGAGUCGUCAGCCAAGACGAAAAUGAAUGUUGAUGAAGCUUACUUCGAUUUACUCCGUCAGAUUUCGAAGAAGAAGGCUGCCAGCGCACAGGUCAAAUCGAAAGAAAAGAAGAAGAAAAAGUGCAUCAUCCUUUGA